UCGUCAUUCGAGUUAUACAUCAUUCAUCACCUCUCCACCUAAUACAUGUAGCUUACAACAAACCCCUUAACAUAAAUACAUACCAAUACCCCUCAUCAGGAAGUUAAAGCUCUCUUACAAAACACUUAAACUAUACAUGGUUUGAGGUAGUUGUCAUGGUAUUGUACGUAAUCCUAAAGUCUAGUAGUUGUCCAAAAUGUUUUGAUCCAUAGUAAAUAUAGGCAGACCCAUUUAAUUUUUCAUCCAUAAUGUUUUGGUUUGUUGUGCACAUGGAAAUAAAAUAGGGAGUCACGAAAGUUUAGUUUGGUUUGGUUGGUUGCAUGAAAGUAUAAAUAAUUUUGUAUAUUAGUGUAUCAUUAAUUGGUUUAAUUGAUUAGUAGUGUUCAAACCAAACCAAACCAUCUAAACCAAAUAAGCUAAAUUGUUUAACCAAACCAAACCAAUUAUCCAAAUUAACCAAACCAAAUUAACCGAAUGCUAUCGGUUAAUAUGGUUACCACGGUAACCAAUCCGUUUGAACACCCCUGGCUUCCCAGGUCUUGUCCUUUGAGUUUCUUUGGUCACCAAGUCGAAAAAAGCCAGGCCAAAGCAACAAUUUUCCUAGAUCCAUGUAGUUGCAGAAUAGGGCGAGCUAGAUCUCAACACCAGUGUUUCAUCGCCGGCUCCUCUGCCCCUUUUUUGUCGCCUCCCAGCUUUUCUAUCAACUCUGGCGAAGACAGACAAUGGAACCUCUGUUGGCUAUUGCAUCUCCAAUUUCUUCCUCCCGCUGAUAAUUAUUUUUGUAAAUUAAUUUUUAUUAAAUAAGUAAUAUAAUAAAUCAUAUAGACAAGUAAGUGGAAUGAUGAGGUGAAAAAAUACAUUUAUUUUUUAUUUCCUAAAAAUUUCCACGUCAUAUAGUUAAAGGUGAAACUUUAUAGUUGACUGCCCCGUAGGACAAAUUUAACGGAGUGUAACUACCGGUGACUAACGGUGAAACUAUUCGUAAAGUUAAUGGCGAAUAAGAAAAAAAAUUGGACGACAAACGUGAAAAAAUUAUAUAAUUUGAGUGACCAAUAAUGUAAUUUAGCCAUUUUUUAAUUUAAAAUGUGGCGUGGCAAUUACGUGGCAUUGACGAGACUAGGUGGACACGACAUGUCAUCCAAGUGGCAUCCACAUUAGUCUAACAUUCAUUUAACUUACGGACGGUUAAAGUAUUUGAUGGAAAAGACUAAAUUAGUCAAAACAAGUUUGAAAAUUGUGGCUAUUUAUGUGUAUUUUUAAAAAAUGAGUAUUAUUCUAAUUAUGGUUAUGUAAAUGUAUUUUUUCUUUAUUUUUUGCAAUCUCUGAUAUCUCUUUCCUCCUAAAUUCACUCCACAUUCUGAGUCUGUCUUCGGCUCCUCCGUCGAUCUCCCUCUCCCUCUCUCUCUCCGUCUCUCCGAUCGCCAUGCCAAAUCCCCACCAUCUGCACGCGCCGCUGCGGCCGUCGCCGUCUUCUUCCUCGUCCGCACAAUCUUUAGCCUCCAAGCUGAUCCUUCUGCUCACAGUCCUCCCUCUCUCUCUGGCAGCUUUGGCCUUCAUUCUACAAUGGAAGGGAGACGGAGGAGGACUCCUAACCGAUCCGGCUUCCGCCACUGCUCGUUGGGCUCCACAGGGUUCUCAUAACAACCACGAGGUGUUUCCUGGGAUGGAAGCCUCCGCUGCGUCUCUGCUGUCUCCUAAACCACAUCAAUCGUCCGAUUGUUUCAGUCUUGCAAAGAGCGGGUCUCCAUCAUUUCCUUAUUUUCGUGAUUGGAAGUUCGAUUUCGAAGCUAAUCUAAGGCCUAAGAUCUGUGUAACUACAAGUACAUCAGCCAGCCUAGAUCAAAUUUUGCCUUGGAUGUUCUAUCACAAGGUUAUUGGGGUGUCAACAUUUUACCUGUUUGUAGAAGGGAAAGCAGCCUCACCAGGCGUAUCUAAAGUUCUUGAAUCUAUUCCUGGAGUGAAAGUGAUUUACAGAACAAAAGAGCUGGAGGAGCAACAAGCGAGAAGCCGUAUUUGGAAUGAGACAUGGCUGUCAAGUUUCUUUUACAAACCAUGCAACUAUGAGUUGUUUGUUAAACAAUCUCUCAACAUGGAGAUGGCUAUUGUGAUGGCCAGGGAUGCAGGUAUGGAUUGGAUACUUCAUCUCGAUACUGAUGAACUCAUACACCCUGCUGGUUCUAGUGAAUAUUCUUUGAGGCAGUUACUUCUUGAUGUUCCGGGUGAUGUGGAUAUGGUUGUCUUCCCAAACUAUGAGAGCAGUGUUGAACGAGAUGAUGUCAAAGACCCUUUUAGUGAGGUUUCAAUGUUCAAGAAAAAUUAUGACCACCUACCCAAGGAUAUAUAUUUUGGCAUGUACAAGGAAUCUACUCGUGGUAAUCCCAAUUACUUCUUGACUUAUGGAAAUGGGAAAUCUGUUGCUAGAGUUCAGGAACAUCUUCGACCAAAUGGUGCACAUAGAUGGCACAAUUAUAUGAAAACUCCCAGCGAGGUAAAAUUGGAGGAGGCUGCAGUGCUGCAUUAUACUUACGCCAAAUUUUCAGACUUGACAUCUAGACGUGAUCGAUGUGGCUGUAAACCAACAAAAGAUGACGUGAAAAGAUGCUUUAUGUUGGAGUUCGACAGAUCUGCAUUCAUUAUAGCUUCUACUGCAACUGAGGAAGAAAUGAGAAAUUGGUAUCGUGAACAUGUUGUUUGGGGUGACAAGGAUCUGAAGCUGAAACUCUUGAGGAAGGGCAUUUUAACUCGCAUUUAUGCUCCCAUGGCAAUAAUACAGGGUCUUAAGGAGUCUGGUGUGUAUAGCUCUAUCAUUGCAUCAGCCCCAUCUAUUCUUUCAAAGGUUGAGAGUGGCAACGCAUCAAGAGUCUCUGAAACACUACCCUCAAACAAGAUCAGGAAAAGCAGCACACUGAAUCAGGCAACUGCUAGGAAAGUGUUGACAUUUGAGGCUAAUGCAUUCCAUGAAGCAGCUGUCCCUCCACUACCUCCUCCUGCAGCAAUUGAUGAUUUGGUACUUGUGGAAAAAGCUUGAUCUGUGUUCUAGUCCAUAUGCUUGCUCUUUUGGCCCUGUCCAGAAGGUGAUUUAGUUUGCUGUUCAAGGGAAGAAUCAUGGUUGGAAAGAACGAGCAACGGAGAGGGAUUGUGUGUUGCAACUGUAUGUAUUUGCUUUAGUUGGUUGGUUCUUCCCGACCAUUAUCCAAAUCGCACUUGUGUGCAUGUAGAAGAGGUACUGGAUUCAUCCGUUCUACUGGGUCUCAGCCUGAUUCUUCCGACUGGAGAGACUCGGUGUACCAUUGUUUUGUACAGCAACCAAGAGUGUUCUGGUAGAGUAAACGUAUUACCUUUGUAAUAGCUAGGAAAAUCAUUCUUUUGACAUUUGGUACGAGUGAUAUAUAUGAGGUGAAUGCCAUUAGGUCCAAACUUA